AUGCGAGGGAGCGUGUUUGAUACUCGCUCAUCUGUGUCUCUAUCACAUUCAGGGGAUCAAGAAGACCUGGAAGUUGAGCGACUUGUCACACAUAUCAUCACAUUGCACACUGAACUAUCUUCUCUGCCAGAUCUCAGACCAUGUGAUGAGAUCAACAAGUUAUUCCAGGAACUGGUGGUCUUAUGUACGCGUACCGUGGGUGAGACGGUCGCUAGUAAGAAGCAGGUCAUAAACAACCCAAGGAUCAUCUCAAUCCUACCUGCAUUGCGUCACAUCUGUGCAGCCGCCGAAUGCCACCUCGAGUUUGGGUCCUUCUCCAUGCUUGUUGAACGCCCAGCUGACCACGCAGUUUACGACCGGCUGGUUAAAUUCCCAUACUUCAAUAACUACGUUGAUCUCACUCGUCUUGAACUAGGAGCCAUUUCCGCUGUGGACACCACUCCGAUCCGCAAAAUCGUUUUCAUCGGAUCAGGACCACUGCCAAUGACCUCUCUCCAACUUACAUACAUCCUCUCCCCGGAUAUCGAAAUCUUAAACAUCGAUCACGAUCCCUUGGCAAUUUCUCAAUCUUUGACAUUAUGUGAAAGGCUAGGGAUAAAAGGAAAGGGGAUGGAGUUCCUUACCCAACAUGAGAAGGAGGCAUUACUUAUUGAUAUUGUGGCGAAAAUGAGAAAGGGUGCAAUCUUGGUGGUGAGGAGUGCGCAUGGGCUGAGAAGGGUGCUAUAUGCCGAGUUUGACCCCACAACUGAGGCUGUGAAACGGUGUUUGGACGUGCAGGCUGUGGUGCAUCCUUAUAAUCAUGUGGUUAACUCGUUGAUUGUGGGGAAGGUGAGGAAUUAAGGGGAGGAUCCCGGAAGAUUACAACAGUGAAAUGAAGUCGUUUCAUUAACCCUGGGUUGAAAAAUUCAGCUUCAAGCGCGUGACAAUAAGACGAGAGAGUUCACGAGAAUGGG